AUGGCAUCUCUCAUGGCGCUCCGACGAGCUCCACCCACAUCUUCUCUGCACCGGUCAUCGCCCGUGUUACUGGAUUUCCUUGCGCCCUCAGCCUUAAGACACAACUCUCGCCAAUACACCUCAACAGCUCCAAAACAGACCGUAGUGGCCGGUCAAGAUGGCACGCGUGACCCUCAAUCCGGCUCGCCCAAGCCGAAAUACGUUCUCAGCCAGCGCCAACGCGAAUUCAUGAACAGCGCCCUCCGAGUCAACCAAGCCGGCGAACUCGCCGCCACCCUAAUCUACACCGCGCAAACGCCACAGGUGGUGCGGUCUCACCCCCAUCUGCGACCCUUGAUGAAACACAUGUACGACCAAGAGGCCGGCCACCUGUCCACCUUCAACAGUCUCAUCGCCAAACAUCGCGUCCGACCAACGGCAAUGUACCCUCUCUGGGAAAAGGCGGCCACCUUCCUCGGCUGGUCGACGGGCGUCAUGGGGCGAGAAGCAGCCAUGGCCUGCACGGAAGCGGUGGAGACGGAAAUUGGCUCGCAUUACAACGAACAGGUGCGGGAGAUCCUGUCGUGGCAGGAGGAGGCCGAGAAACGAGGCGAGGAGCUAGACGACGAGCUGAAGGAAAUGCUGGCUACAUUCCGACGGAUCCGGGAUGAGGAAUUGGAGCAUUUGGACCAUGCUGUGGAAAACGACGCCAAAGAGGCGCAACCGUACGACCCAUUGGUCAAUAUCAUUCGGUUAGGCUGUCGGGCAGCGAUCAAGAUCAGCGAGAAGGUAUGA